AUGUUGCUUACAAUUAUUCUUUUAACAAUAAUUAUUUGUCUUUUAUUAACAUAUGUUCUUAUAUUGCUUAAUCGAUAUCAAUAUUUUAAACAACGAAAUAUUCCGACACCACCGUAUCGAUUUUUUUUUGGUCACUUGAAAACACUAUGGAAUGCCCAGUUAAAGUCCAAACAACUUCAGGAAUGGACCAAAAUAUAUGGCAAAAUUUAUAGUUUAUUUGAAGGCUCAACACCCGUCUAUGUCGUGUCGGAUGUGAAUCUUUUACAAGAGAUAUUUAUAAAACAAAUUUCGAAUUUUAAUGCACGAAAAUUAACGUUAACUCCGAUACCUCCGACGAGUCCUCAUGCAUCACUACUUAUUACAGGUGGUAACACAUGGAAACGACAACGACAAGUAACAAAUCCAACGUUUACUACGACAAAAUUAAAACAAAUGUCAGCAUUGAUUAAGGACUGUGUUGACGCUUUUAUGAGUAAAUUACCACGGCAUUGUGACUCCGGAGAAGAAUUUAAUAUUUAUGCUCUAUACAAACGUAUGACAAUGGAUGUUAUUUUUCGUUGUGCAUUUGCAGUUGAUACCGAUAUGCAAACCGAUACAGAAAAUAUUUAUUUAAAACGUGCAAACAACUAUUUUUCACCAGAAUAUAACAGAUUACCAAUAUUAAAACUUCGAUUUCUUAUAGCUGAAAUAGAUUCAUUUUUAUGUGCAAUGUUAGAUAAAAUAAACCUUGUUAAACGAAAAUUAAAAAGUUUAAUUUCAUCAAUUCACGAUGAUGAUAGAUCACGGCUUUACAGUCGUAUAGAAGAUGUAAUUAAAAUGCGAUCAGAUAAAGCUAAACAGCGCGUUGAUCUUUUGCAGCUAUUGCUAGAUGCACAAAAAAUACGGUAA